CGUCCCCAACUGCUUCAAGGGUUUAGAAUCAAAGAAAAACCCUAACACCUCCUCAUUUUCCAUUUCUUUCAAUCUCGAAAUGAUCCAUUAACCAAUCAACCAAACAAACAAAUGAUCCCAAAAUCAUGGUCCCGUCUUCUCCUCUAUCAAUCCCUAAAAAAACCAAGAAAGCCACCUAUUCCUCAACUUUCCCGGGAAAUCUCAACUUUCCCACACUUUCCCACUCCCCAAACACUACCACUUCUCAACUCAUCUAUAUCCCAUUUCUCCACAUUCCGGGCCCCCUCCAACCGCGCCGUUCAAGACCUCCUGGCAGAGCUCGAACGCGAAAAACAGCGAGAAAGAGAGGCGAAAAAACGAGCUGGACUUGAUGCCAAGGAAAUUGAUCAAGAAGAUGAAGAGGAUUAUUUGGGCAUUGGCCCAAUUAUUGAGAAAUUAGAGAAGGACAAGCUCAAGCCUGAUAAAGGGCAACCCAACGAGCCUCCGGAUUCGGACAGUGAGGCGGAUGAUGAAUGGUUUGGUAGAGAAGCUUCGAAAAAGAAAUUUGAUCUGUUUAAGAAGAAACACGAGCGGCAUAAAGAGUUUCUUGACAAUUUUGUUGCUUCUGAGACACUUGACGAUGCGUUCAAAUGGAUGAAUAAAAUCGACAAGUUUGAAGAUAAGCAUUUUAAGCUUAGACCUGAAUAUAGGGUUAUUGGUGAGUUGAUGAAUCGUUUAAAAGUAGCCGAAGGGAAAGAAAAGUUUAUUCUUCAGCAUAAGUUGAAUAGGGCAAUGAGGUUGGUUGAAUGGAAGGAGGCUUAUGAUCCUAAUAAUCCGGCUAAUUAUGGAAUUUUUCAGCAUGCGAAAGCUGGGUUUAAUGUUGAUAUUAUGGAUAAUGCUGGAUUUGAAAAAGAGAAACAGAUGAUACAAGGUGAGGAUGAUGACGAUGAUGUGGAGGAGUUUGAUGACAUGAAGGAAAGAGAUGAUAUUUUGAUAGAGAAGCUUAAUGCUAUUGAUAAGAAACUUGAGGAGAAGUUGGCUGAUUUAGAUCAUACCUUUGGAAAGAAGGGGAAGCUUCUGGAGGAGGAGAUUAGAGGUCUUGCAGAGGAUAGGAAUUCCUUGACCGAAAAGAAAAGAAGGCCAAUGUUUCGGAAGGGCUUCGAUAUCAAAUUGAUAGAUGUCAAUCGAACUUGUAAAGUUACAAAGGGUGGACAAGUGAUCAAGUACUCUGUUAUUUUAGCUUGUGGAAAUUAUCAUGGUGUUGUUGGUUAUGCUAAAGCUAGAGGCCCAGCUGUUCCAGUGGCUAUGCAAAAGGCACGUGAGAAAUGCUUUCAAAAUCUCCACUAUGUAGAACGGCAUGAGGAGCACACUAUUCCACACGCAAUACAAACAACUUAUAAGAAAACCAAGGUGUAUCUCUGGCCGGCCUCAACAAGAACGGGCGUGACAGCAGGGAAAAAAAUUGUCGAAACCAUUUUGAGUUUGACUGGUUUUAAAAAUAUCAAAUCUAAGGUCAUCGGCUCUAGGAAUCCUUAUAACACUGUUAAAGCUAUUUUUAAAGCUUUGAAUUCUAUUGAAACUCCGAAGGAUGUUCAGGAGAAGUUCGGCAGGGCUGUAGUUGAGAAGCACUUGCUGUGAUGACACCAUGCUUUCUUGGUACUUUAAUACUCAUUUGCAAAAUAGAGGAGGAAACUUUUUUAUUUUUCAAUUCUCCUUUUGAUUUUUUCCUACAUUUGAUUCCUUUUCUUUUCUGAACAAGGUAUAUUUGGUACCGUCAUCACCGCUCCCUCAGCUUUUUGCUUUUCUCAGCCUUCAUUUAAAGAAUACAACUGGUUUAGUUUAGAAUUGUUGUAGCAGUAUACAGUAGUAUUUACAAUGGGUGCAAAAGUAUUUUGCUCAUCACAAGAAAUAAUAGAUGGUUUUUUUCCAA